AGCCCGGAGGGGGGCCAGGCUGCUGAGAUGAACCCGGUGAAUGCGACCUCUCUUUACGUGUCCGCGAGCCGGUCGGUGCUGCAGUGCGACCCCCGAGACCCUCGGGCCCUCGCGGAGCUCUGCAAGCUGCUGCCGUUUUUCCGCCAGUCUCUGUCCUGCUUGGUCUGCGGUAACCUGCUGCAGGACCCCAUCGCUCCCACCGACUCGUCAUGUCAGCAUUACGUCUGUCGAGGCUGUAAAGGUCAGAGGAUGCAGCUGAAGCCGUCCUGUAGUUGGUGUAAGGACUAUUCCCGCUUUGAGGAAAACAGGCAGCUCUCCUUGCUUGUCCACUGUUACAGAAAGCUCUGUCUCUACAUCACUCAAUCACCGCUCGCCCCGCACAUAGCCAGCGCCGCCAGUGACUCGCCGGACCUCCAGGCCAUCCUCAAUGAGGGUCUCACGUUAGCUGAGAGCGAGCCGGAGGCGGAGGACAUUUCAGACUCUGUUGGCCUGUCACAGACAGCCUCCACCUCAGAGGUGGUCCAUCCUGAUGAAACUCCCCUUUUGAAGGAGCUCAAGGGGGAGGACUCAGGCCCUGUGAGCAUUAACGGACUACAUGAUUGUAACGGCCUGGUCAGUUCAGACACACUGCAAUCCAUCACCAUAGAAACAGGUGGAAGCGUUGCUAAGCAGGAGAGCUUUUCGGAGGAGAUCCCGGUGUGCGUGAGCGUCACAGGGACCGGAGAAGCAGGACUUUGUGACAUCAGCACUUUCGGGGAUGACCUGAAACAUGGCGGGGGGCCGUUGUUGUUGAGUGUUGAGGAUGUGCUUAGGACACUGGAGACAGACACUGACCCUGACCCCAUCCCCCAGCCGGACUGCCCCUCCGUACCUCAGUCCAGCCUCAACGGGCCUCACUGCCCAUCUGGCCCCAACUCCUGCCGCCUGGUCCCCUCCCUCCCCACAGAGAACAGCCCUCGCCCCCUCCAACCUCACCCGCAGCCCUGUCUGCAGCCCCCACCUCAACCCUCCACGGUUGUCCCCCGUGUCCCCCCUCGGUGCCACCGCAAGCGCUCCCGCUCAGAAAGCGAUAGCGAGAAGGUGCAGCCCCUCCCCAUCUCCAGCCUCCUACGAGGGCCUCCCCUCGGUGCCAACAGCUCCCCCCACCACCUUAACCCUGGUGCCACCACCAAACAGGAGCCCAAGUUCCCUGCAGCAACGCCCCACCCCCACCUGGCACCUGUGCCUAACGGUGGACCCCCUAAGGUGGGCAAGACUGUGCUCGUUUCCAACAAGGGGCUGAAAAAGACUGUGGAACAUCACGGGGGCCCUAAGAAGGCUUACACAAAAGCCAGGCAAGGGGCCCCCAAGCCUCGCGCCCAACCCCGUGACCGGGUACCCCCUCACCCUCAUGCUCACCCCCUGACACACCCACCCAGCCCUUCAAAGCCACUGUAUAAGAAGCCUGUGGAGAAGAAGGGCUGCAAGUGCGGCCGAGCCACACAGAACCCCUCCGUGUUGACCUGUAGGGGGCAGCGCUGCCCCUGCUACUCAAACCGCAAGGCGUGUCUGGACUGUAUCUGCCGCGGCUGCCAGAACUCCUACAUGGCCAACGGAGAGAAGAAGCUGGAGGCCUUCGCGGUGCCAGAGAAAGCUCUGGAACAGACCCGGCUCACGCUGGGCAUCAACCUCACCAGUAUCACUGCGGCGGCCCUCCGUAGCCCGGCCACCAGCUCCCCCGGCAACACCCUCCUCAACGUCACCGCGGGUACGGGGGCACCCGUCACAGCCACCUUCCUGUCGGGGGCGGGUCAUGACAACAGGGGCUUUGACGAUUCACUGGAGAUGCGGUUUGACUGUUGAGGUCCCACCACCCCCACUCUCCCCCCUCCUCCCCCUCUCCCCCUUCCGGUCAGUCGUCACGCACAUUCCCUGCCCCGCCAGCUGAGCGUUAUCCAUCGGGUCGUGACAGGGACUUGUGGUGGCGGAGCCAGAACAAGGCAGCUACAGUGACAGGCGGUUGUGAGGGUCACCAGCUGACGCUGAGGAGUCACCCUCCGUCCUUCGCCCGAAACUGCACCAUGCUUGUGGUUUUGCAUACAGAUGCAGAGUGGAAGAGAAGAACAAAGAGACAGAGAUGUAGCGUUACUGUAUGUGCAGAGAUUUAAUUUCAGUGGGGAUAGAGUUUUUUUUCUUUUGUUUUCUUCUCUACUAUGGGUAAUGUGUAGAGCAUGUUGUGUAGCUAAGUCGGGGGUGUUGGCCAGGCUGUGGUCGGUCACACAUCUGUGCGUGUGUGUGUGUGUACGUGUGUGUGCGCCCGUGUGCGUGCGUGUGUGCAUGUGAGUGUGUAUGAAUGAGGGGAAGGGUUUGGCUUGGAAAUUAACGUUAUUAGCAGGAACGGAGACAUCAUCGUCAUCAUCAGAGACUGGUGUAAUUUAUAUAAAAGAACUUUUUGUACAUGGACUCAUCAGUUUCCAUUUAAGAAGACAUUUUAUGAUAUAUUUUAUAAGUUGCAUUAAAACAAAUGGAAGCCGGAGCAGGGUACACCUGCACUCAACCAGAAUAUUUCACACAGGCUAAAAGAGGCAGAAGUGUAGGUUUACAGUAUUUGGUGAAUUAUGUUAUACCACUAGAUGCAAAGACCCCUGAAAAAAAAUUACAGAACCGCUAAAAACAUCUUGAAUGAUAUUUCUGAAGGUUUUGAGAACACCACCACCAGCCAAAUGUGAGCUUUGUUUUUGUGUGUCCAAUGUUUCUACUCCGUCAGCCACUGUCGCAGAUCAUUCAGAGGUCCUCUUGUAUAUUAAUAAACAAAUAUAUUUAAUGGUGAAUUUUGUAGUCAAUCAACCGUUGUGGCUGAUGGAAGAUAAACCUCUUCCCUGUUUUCUGUGGAAAAGAAGGGUCCGUUAAUCUGUUAACCAUGUGUGUGUUCUUGUAUUAAGCACUUUUUCCACUCUCACACUGGCCACACACCUCAAAACCACCCAAUGUUUUUACUUGUGUUAAAAACUCUGGUUGAUUGCAGGCCCUGCGCGUUGUUUUUCACCAGUUAUGGUUUCUGGAAGCUACACACAUGCUGCUAAAUACCACAAAGGACUCAAGAAGGGGAGCACACCUGUUUUCCUUGUCUUUUGUUCUGUUUUUUUUUUUUUUUUUUUUUAAAUUCGCAUUAACAACAUUUGCAGUAUUUAUUGGACGUCUCCUAACAUAUGCUACAUGUUGGGCGUCAGUUCUGCCUGUCAGAGUCUGUCGAUCCGGUCUGGUCUGGACUGUUCUGUCUCGGUUAAGUUGCUGUCUUCUUCUUAGUGUUAGUUUCUGGUGUCUCCAAAACUCUUUUUUUUUUUUGUUCUCCCUCGGGGCAUUUAAAUACCUGUAA